AUGAAUCACAGCCAUGAAGAAUCUAUGAAGAAAAUCAGUGUGGUGAACCUUGAUAAACUUUUAGAUAACUUCUCAGAGAUAGAAAAGAAAAUAUCAGAAAUUAAUGAAGCAAAUAACCUACUCGUUCUUCAGCUGGAAAAAUGUAACAAGUUACUAACAUUGAGCCAAUCAAAGGAGGAAUCAGUAAAAGAAGAAUGUACUACUCUACAGAAUGUGAUAAAGGGUCUAACACAAACCAUUGAAAACCAAUGUAACGUGAAAGAUGAAAAUGAUAGACUGAAGGGUACCAUUCACAUCUUGGAAGAGAAAUUAAAGGCUUGUGAACAGGAAUAUAAAGAUCAGAUUGAGAAACUUAUGAUAGAAAUUAAAAACAAAGAGGAAGACCACAGAUUAGAAAUAACACAGCUGAAUUGCGAUAUAAGAAAAAAAUUUGAAGUAAAAGAAGUGGAGUAUAGAGAACAGGCAGAGAAAAAAGAACUGGAAAUACUAGAGCUAACUAGACAGCUGAAAAUUCAAAACGAAGAGAAGCAGAAUGAAAUAAUUAAAUUGCAGAUAGAGUUCAAUGCUAAAUUGGCCAGAGUUCAGAAUAAAACACCGAAAUCAUUUUCCGAGGCUUCUGCCUUGCCACAAAGUAUCUAUCGAAGGAAGCUGCAGCAUCUGCAGGAGGAGAAAAACAAGGAAAUUGAAAUUCUCCGUAAUACCAUAAGAGACUUGGAGCAACGUCUUAAUAAAGGCCAAGACCUGCACCUCAAACGGAGACGAUUUUGAAUAAAUGACGU